AUGGCUUGUAAUGGCGGCUCUCCUCAUCUUGUAGUGCUGGUCGUGGCAGUGGGUCUGCUCUUGGACAGCCUGCUGGUGACGGUCAUCGUGGUUCCCAAUGGAGCCCCGCCCUUCGCUCCUUCCCCCGGCUCCUUCCCCCGGCUCCUUCCCCCGGCUCCUUCCCCCGGCUCCUUCCCCCGGCUCCUUCCCCCGGCUCCUUCCCCCGGCUCCUUCCCCCGGCUCCUUCCCCCGGCAGCCUCAAACAACAAUUUUCAUGCCGAGUUCUUCACAGCUGGCCCCAGUUAUGAAACCAAACCCUGGUGCUUUGACACUGUCACUGUCCGCAGCCACUGUCACUGUCCGCAGCCACUGUCACUGUCCGCAGCCACUGUCACUGUCCGCAGCCACUGCCCGCGGUCAUUGCCCAUCGCCCCAAUGCUCCUCUACUCUUUCGAACACCCAGAGAACCCCACCAAUGGGACUUUGGCCUCAGAGCCAGCUAUGCCCAGUCACAGAGCACCUCUUUUGGGUAAAGUCAUGCCCAUCACCCCCUCCUCUGGCUCCUCCCUGGAGCCUCUGUUCAACUACUCCAGGAGUCCAGGCCAACGGCACAACUACACCUCCAACUCUUCUCGCUGCCUAGAGGAAAGUGGUUUCCUACAUAAAAACAACUUUAAAGUGGGGGCUCUGCUCGCGUCCAAAUCUGUGGCCCAGCUCCUUGUCAGCUUCUUCGUGGGACCUCUCACCAACAGGAUUGGGUUCCACAUCCCGAUGUUUGUGGGGUUCCUGGUCUUCUUCGUCUCAACCCUCAUGUUUGCGUUCGCUGGGAACUUCGUCCUGCUGAUCUCGGCUCGUGUGGUGCAGGGGGUGGGAUCCUCCUUCAGCUUUGUGGCAGGUCUGGGGAUGCUGGCAAGUGUUUACACCGAUGAUGAGGAGCGUGGCCAGGCCAUGGGCGUGGCACUAGGGGGGCUGGCCCUGGGACUAAUCUGUGGCGGCCCAUUCGGCAGUGUGAUGUAUGAGUUUGUGGGGAAGAGCUCCCCCUUCCUGGUUCUGGCGGGACUGGCUCUGUUGUCCGGAGUGCUGCAGCUCUGUGUCCUGAAACCCACUCUGGUGCCUCCAGUGAGCGCUAAGGGAACUCCUUUACUCACACUACUGAGAGACCCAUACAUCCUCCUGACUGCAGGGGCUCUGACCUUAAGUGGCAUGGCGUUGACGGUCCAGGAUGCCACUCUGCCCACCUGGAUGAUUGAGACCAUGUGCGCCUCCCAACUGCAGCUUGGCAUGAUGUUCACCCCGGCUAAUGUGAUCUACUUCAUUACCACAAACCUCUUUGGGAUCCUCAGCCAAAGGAUGGGAAGGUGGUUGUGCUCCAUGAUUGGGAUGAUCCUGACUGGACUUAGUUUCCUCUUUGCUGCACUGGCGAAAAGCUUCUAUGCUGUGAUUGGAGCUGUUGCUGUAACGGGCAUGUCCAUGGGGAUGGUGGAAGUGUCUCUUUUGCCUGUCUUGGCUCACCUUGUGGACAUUCGUCACGUCUCUGUUUACGGCAACGUUUUUACCGUCUGUGAAGUGGCUGUGCGUCUCGGCUUCUUUGUUGGGCCUCUGGUAGGGGGUGCUCUGGUGCAGGCCGUGGGGUAUCCAGUCCUGAUGGUGAUCUCUGGACUCGUCAACAUCCUGUAUGCCCCCCUCUGCUACUUCCUGCGCAACCCCCCCACCAGAGAGGAGAAGAGGCCCAUUGUGGAUCGCUAUUCCGGACAUGGGAGCUGCCACACGGUUGAACCUCAACCACAGGGGGCAGCCCUGAUCUACUCUCCAGUCACUGCUUAA